AUGCCGGCAAGCAGCCAAAACAGGCAAGGCAAAGCCUUUGCCACUUGGAUGGAGCGAUGCGAGGCGCUCUUAGAAGAACAAGACGAGGCCAACUACUUGGCCAAGAAGCAGCUGGCAGCGCAAGUCAGAGCUUACCUUGCAAACUGCGCCGAGACACAUGAGAAGGAGCAGCUUUUCAUGCGGCGCAGAGUAGGAGAAUUGCUUGGCGAUGAGCUUGGCAGGUAUGAGGACCGAGCUCCGUCGAAGUUUAGCACCAUUGCCACGCCAAAGUCGCAGUCUGGUGAAGAUGAUGAAGAUGAAGACGACGAGGAGCUGCAGAUCGAGGACUCCUGGAACUCAGCCAUGGUUAGGGCGAAGAGUGUAAAGCCAGCGAUCAAAAAAGAGAGGGCCGAAGGAUUAGAUCUGACUGCCGACGAGUUGUUCAAAAAGCUACUAGCACGCAGAUCGCGCAUGCCAGUGUCAAAGAGGUAUGUGCACAGAUGCUUGGACAAGUUCGUGAAGGCUUGGACAGACAAGUACGGCAGGUUCUCAUCGCUACUCCCAGAGGUGGAAGUUCCCUUUGGGGGACAGACCAUCGUUGUAGGCGACACGCAUGGCCAGCUUGAGGAUGUUUUGACCAUCUUCCUGGCACAUGGCACGCCCUCAAAUCGCAACAGGUACGUCUUUAAUGGGGACAUUGCAGACAGAGGUCCAAACGCUUGUGAGAUUUUUCUCCUGCUUUUUGCUUUCUUCAUCGAAGACCCGGACAGCCUUGUCAUCAUUCGAGGCAAUCAUGAGGACGAAGAGAUGAACAAGCUCACAAGCGAAGAAGGUGGUGGCUUUCACGACGAAGUUCUGAGGAAAUACACCGGCGGUAUCUUCAUGAAGUUCGAGGCAAUUUACAAGAUGCUGCCAUUGGCAGCAGUCGUGCAACAGGAACUAUUCGUCGUGCACGGAGGGUUGGCACGCAACGCCAAGUCAAACCUGACUCUUCCCUUCAUUCGCGACAUCGACGCUGGCAUUGUCAGUUGUCCACAUGGAGGUUGCUAUCCUCUGUGCCUUGAGGAACAGGUCUUUCAGGAUCUCCUCUGGUCAGAUCCACAGGAGAAGCUUGGUUGGGAGGCCAACCCGCGAGGUGCUGGAAUCAAGUGGGGCCCUGACCUCACAGCUGCCUUCCUCAAGCGAACAGGCUUGAAGUGGAUAAUUCGGUCGCAUCAGCUGCCGGAGGAGAAGCGUGGCUUCAGCACGCACCAUUUGGGCCUUGUCUACACGCUUUUCAGCGCUAGCAACUACUGCGGCACCUCUGGAAACAAGGGUGCUGUCUGUUUGCUGGAGCUUCGGCCGAACAGCAGCAUCAGCAACGAGGAAGGCUGUUGCUUGGCAGCUCGCUUCGAGGAGCAUUAUGCCCCGGCGUUGGAGCACGGCAAGCUGAAAGAGAUUUCAGAGCUCCCAGACAUCACAGCUCGCAGGGCUGCCCUGGAAGAAGCAGGUGCUGCACGCGCUUCUGAGGACAUACAGAAGGUCGGGAAGCGACAGGAGCGGGCGAUUCUCCAUCGCAUGGCUGGCAAAGUCGUGGAGCUUCGACCAGAACUUUGGGAGGAUUUCCGCAAGUGCGAUGACAAACGCACGGGCAAAGUCACCUUCUGUUCUUGGUGCGACAUACUGACCUCGGUUUGUGGUGAGAACUUUCCCUGGUCAAUGGGUGGUGAGCUGUGGGGUGUCACAGAAGCGGACAGCGAGGAGGAGAAGGCCGCGCAGGCUGACCUCCCGAAAGGAAAACGACUGGUCGACUACCGACGCUUUCUGCAUCGGUUUGAUGUAGGUGUGAACAAGGAGAAAUGGGUAGGCUGGAAGACGAUCCUCAUGAAGGACGCUUACGAGGCUUUGUACUGUCGAGAUGCCGAUUUGAAAGCAACGUUGGCGCUUUUUGAUCCAGAUCAUACUGGUAAGGUCAGCAUGCAAAACUUCUUGAAAGUCUUGCAAAGCGAAGUAGAAGUUGACGACAGCCCUGGGCAGCGGACAUCCCAUGUGCUCAGCACGUCUCAGCUGCAGUCACUUGCGCAUGGGCUAUUUCCGGCCGAAGAUGAAGAUGACGAUGCUCCACCGGAACUGAGCGUGCACGAGUUCUUCGAACGGUUCACAGUCAUCUAUCGGCAGGCAAAAGCCAUGACAGGUGACGAUCCCUUGGCCGAAUGGCGGGAUUCGCUCAACCACAUCGGUCACUUGCUGCUGAAGAAGGAUCGUAUGUCCAACCAGCCAGGCAUCACGCGAGUAAAGACUGGCGCCAGCAUACACUCGCGCAAGACUGUUUUUCAAGUACAGCGACUGGCCCACCAAUUUGAGAAAGGUGACGAGUCCGGGGAUGGAUUGCUGACCCGGAGCGAGCUUGUGGACUAUCUCAAGGGAUUGGAGGGGAUCGAGGACGUGAUGCACAAGGGUCACCCCAUAGGCGACGCAGACUUGGAAGAAUUGGCGCUGCAGCUGGACCAGCUCAGCGGCCGUGAGACUGGAAAGGUCAAUUUGUUCAGCUUCCUCGAGGCAUUUAUCGUGGAGCGGCCGGCUGGCCAGGACUUUGACGCAGCAGAGGAGUUCAUGUGUGAACACAUCCUCAGCUUUUUGUACCGACACAGGCAUGCCGUCUGCUGCGGUUGCCAUGAGGCAGAUGCAGCACUCACGGGCCGAAUAAGCUCCGGUGCGUUUGCAGAGGUGCUCAGGGGGAUUGACAUCUCCUUGGCAAAGACACGACGAACCUUCAGCGACGUUCAGAUCGAUGGCCUCGCAGAAUCGCUCGGCGAAGAAGAUGGAAGUUUUUCGUACUUUGAGCCACGUCCUCAGCGCUGUGUCAAAAUUUCAUGA